GAGUGACACAACGUGCACGUUAACACACUCCCAGUCGGCGUCUACCUCCAGUGUUCUCUUCUGGGUCUUAUUUCAUCAACAGUCGCUGACUCCACCAGACCAGCACCUGACAUCCUGAACCCUCUUAUACCUCAGGUAAACAUGUCUGCAGUCUACCUCCUCCUGCUGCUGCUGCCGCUGGUGUCCACACAGACCUUUCACUGGGGGGGCUGUCCUGCCCCCGAGGUGCAGCCCAACUUCAACCUCACACAGUAUCUGGGCCGUUGGUAUGAGAUCGAGAGGCUCCCCGCUUCCUUCGAGAGAGGAAAGUGCAUCGAGGCCAACUACGCUUUGAAUGAAGAUGGCACCAUUCAGGUGCUGAACUCCCAGAUCGAAGAAAACGGCGUGGAUGUUGCAGAAGGGACCGCAGUGGUUCUAAACCAAACGGAACCGGCCAAGCUCGGAGUCAAAUUCUCGUUUUUUUCGCCCAACGGGCCUUACUGGGUCCUGUCCACAGACUACACCAGCUACUCCGUCGUCUACUCCUGCACCAGCAUCUUUGACAUUUUCUACUUUGACUUCGCCUGGAUCCUCAGUCGCUCUCGCUCUCUGCCGCCGCAGACCGUGGCCGAGGCCAAAGGUCUGAUGACCAGGCAAAACAUCGAACUGUGCAAGAUGAUGGCCACUGAUCAGACGGGCUGCCCGGACAACUAGGGGUCCCCCGUCCCCCCCGUCCCCCUGAGCAGCAGAGGCAUCCCGGGCGGAGCUCAACACGCAAUCAACAGCCUCUUGUCUCGUGAUUAUCGCAGCCAACAAACCUCGGGAUGUUUAGCUUUGAUUACCAGCAUCCCCGAGGCAUCAUGUUGUGACGAUUCCUCAUGUCCUGUAUUCUUAUAUUCACAAUGUAACUGGUCUGUGCUUCAAUGAUUGAGGAGAUGGAAUUCGUAAAACUUAUAAAUGAAAAACCAAUGGUCAAGGAAGUUACAGAGGCUAUAUGGUAUCGUGAUAUUUCCGUUAUAAUGUGAAAUGUAUUACACAAUGAAUCAAACCUAUUUUCUGGUGAUGGUGAACAACAUGUUGGAUAUUUCGUCAUAUAAUAAAGAUAUAAUAUUCAGUAAGAGGA